GUGACCGAUGUUGUCGUGGUGGUUGGGGGCGGGGGCGCUCUGCUGGGUGGUGGUCGCGGCCCAGCGGCCCACUGGCCUCAACAAAAGACACGACCUCUACAUCGCCGGCUUUUUCCCUUACGGCCGACACGUACCGGAAUCGCACAUCGGACGCGGCGUGAUGCCUGCCGUGAAACUCGCCUUGGACCAUAUCAACGACAGCCCCACCGUCCUGCGUAACUACAGGCUCCAUAUGUGGUGGAACGACACUGAGUGCAAUGCCGCCGUGGGGAUGAAAGCAUUCUUUGACAUGAUGCACGAGGGCCCACACAAAGUGAUGUUGUUUGGGGCGGCGUGCACGCAGGUCACAGAUCCUAUAGCAAAGGCGUCCAAGCGAUGGCACCUCACACAGUUAUCGUACGCCGACACGCAUCCGAUGUUCACCUCCGACCACUUUCCUAACUUUUAUCGGGUAGUACCGAGUGAAAACGCCUUCAACGCCCCACGGCUCAAAUUAAUGCAGCACUUCAAUUGGACGAGAGUCGGCACCAUUUAUCAGAACGAACCACGCUACUCACUCGCUCACAACCGACUUGUCGCUGAUCUCGACUUGAUGAAGUUCGAAGUCGAAGAGACGCAGAGCUUCGCAAACGAAGUGGCAACCGCCAUUGGGAAAUUAAAAGAAAAAGACAUAAGGAUAGUUUUAGGAAACUUCAACGAGUCAUGGGCACGACACGUCUUUUGCGAAGCGCACAGAGUCGGCAUGACGGGGAGGAAAUACCAGUGGCUUCUGAUGGGAACUUACAGCCCAUCCUGGUGGUUAGACCCGGCUCCGUGUCCCAGCCACACACUUGCUCAGGCUUUGGACGGCGUCAUUUUGACAGAUCUUCUUCCGCUGGCUACUAGUGGAGAAAUAACGAUAUCGGGAAUUACCGCCGAUGAGUAUAAAGAAGAAUACGAUUCGAGAAGAGGAAACGAGUAUUCAAGGUUCCACGGCUACACCUAUGACGGCGUUUGGGCGGUGGCUCUUGCGAUUCAGCAUGUGGCACACAGGGUGCGGCACGUCAAAAAGAACCAGACUGUCGUCGACUUUCAGUACAGGGAUCCUGAAUGGGAACAUUUGUUCUUAGAGGCGCUCAGAAACACUAGCUUCGAAGGUGUCACAGGACCAGUGAGGUUCUACGACAAUGAGAGAAAAGCGAGUAUCCUCCUCAAACAAUUUCAAAAUGGAAGUGAGGCAAAAGUUGGCGAGUUCAACGGAGUGACUCAUGAAUUAGACCUUAGUAGAGGUCAAGGAAUUAGAUGGGCAAAUGGAAGAGGACCGCCAAAGGAUAGAACACAUCAAAUCCUCGAACAUUCUCACGUUAAUGUCGCCAUAUAUUCAUCGCUCGCCGUUGUGGCAUCGUUAGGCAUAGUGCUAGCCACAGUAUUUCUAUGUAUCAACAUUAAAUACAGAAAUCAAAGGUAUAUAAAAAUGUCCAGCCCAUAUUUAAAUAAUGUGAUAAUUAUCGGGAGUAUCCUUACAUAUUCGAGUGUAAUAUUUCUUGGGUUGGAUUCAAGACUGACUAGCAUUGAGGCAUUCCCGUACAUUUGUACCGCAAGAGCAUGGCUCUUGAUGGCUGGUUUUUCCCUUGCCUUUGGGGCAAUGUUCUCCAAAACAUGGAGAGUGCAUUCAAUAUUUACUGAUGUCAAGUUAAAUAAAAAAGUAAUUAAAGACUACCAGCUCUAUAUGGUAGUUGGAGUUCUUCUUGCGAUAGACCUAAUCAUUAUGACUACAUGGCAGGUAACUGAUCCAUUUUUCCGAUCGACCAAACGCAUGGAGCCAUAUCCUCAUCCAAGAAGUGAAGAUAUCAUAAUAUAUCCAGAAAAUGAAUAUUGUAGAAGUAACUACAUGAACAUAUUUGUAGGAAUUAUUUAUGCUUACAAAGGAUUAUUAAUGAUAUUUGGUGCCUUCUUGGCAUGGGAAACAAGACAUGUUAGCAUACCUGCUCUCAACGAUUCCAAGUAUGUCGGUAUGAGUGUAUACAAUGUGGUACUGAUGUGUAUCAUGGGAGCAGCGGUAUCUUUUGUUCUAUCUGAUGAACAGAAUGCAGCAUUCGUCCUAAUAUCUGUAUUUAUACUUUUCUGCGCUACAAUCACACUUUGUUUGGUUUUUGUACCGAAGCUAGUCGAAUUAAGGAGAAAUCCACAGGGUGUGAUAGAUAAGAGAAUAAGGGCGACGCUAAGACCCAUGUCUAAGACGAGAAGGGAUUCAUCGGAGUUGGAAGAGAAGUUUAAAGAUGCCAAAACGUCAAACCAGAGAUGGAGGAAGUUGUUACUCGAGAGGGACAACGAACUCCAGGCACUCCUGAGGUUGUUAGGACAAGAAGAGAAAGUCGUUUCCAAUCCACCUGUACCUCAAGAAGUCACUCAACUUAAAAAAGAACCACCAUCUGCUACUGAAACUACAGAAGUAAGUUCGGUGUGUUCAAAUAACUCAUCACAUGAGGGAGGAGAAUAUGGAGCCCUCAUUGAUACCCCUGCUCAAAAAAAAAAGACUAGUUUCUGCAAUAGCAAGAAUGUGCCAGCAGCUGCUUUAGAAGAAAUGACUGGAGGAAGCAGUCUUUCAGUUAUAACAGAAGCUAGACAUUCUGUUAAAACAGCUCAGCAUUCCCCUUCAAGCCAGCAAUCCAGUAAGGCUGUGUCUUGGGAAGAAUGUCCAAGAGGGAGUAGUAACUCACUUAGAAGAAGAUCGAGCGGAGCAAAAAUCAGCCAUACACCUCCCCCUCAAAGGCGAACUUCGAUGCCAGGAAGGCGGACACCCACAUUUGUUCACCAAGAUGAACUCUGGCUGACUCAGAGACAUUGUAGAACCCGUUGCAGCAAUCCAGCAACUAAUGAAGGUACAAAUGAAAAUUAUGAAAACGUGAUAGUUUCAGAUGAGGACGUGUCUGUGAUACAAAGGUCGGUAUCAGAAAGAAGAGACAAAUGCUGUCAUGGCAGUUCAGGUGCCAUCCAACAGACAGGAGUAAGGAUGACUAGUAGUUUAAAAAAGCCGACUCCAGCCCAUGUACAGAGCACACCUAAUGUGCUAGGAGGAGCGCUGAGCGAAGGAGAGUUACUCGAUCUUUCGAUCCUCCCUAUAUUCCAAAAACUCCUUACUGAGAGAAAAGGAGCCGCCAUCGCAUCCUGCCCAAACAUCGCCAUCAAAUGUGACAUCGUUGAAUAUCUAUAACACAUCUUCCAUCAUUCCUGUUCCAAAAAUUUACCUAGAACUUUUUCUCAAAUUUCGACUGCCAUGUGCACUACCUUUGUGAUAAGUAUAAUUAUUUUAUUUAUAUUCUGUGUACACUCAGAAAAAAAUGAAAAGGGAAAUUAUUGUGUAAACCCUGUAGCAGUCAGUACUCUCUUUACCAAAUAUAAUCACUGAUGUAUUGAAACCUGGGCUAGUUCAAUUUAAAAAUCCCUUGGAAAAAAGGCUAUGACUGGGUUAAUUGAUAUUGAUUUCAUCAGGGGCACAAAGCAAUAAUAAUUGUACAAUCUCAUUUAUAGUGAGAUGAAAUGACUGAAAUUUUACUUUUUUACCUAAUAGAUUAAUAAUAAAUAAUAAAUUUAUUAUCAUAACUUAACUAGGACAUAUUUUUGUUUACAUUAAAAAAAAAAAACAAUCGACUUCCAAAUUCGACCGAAUCUUCAUUAUAUUUUUGUUUUGCUUUCUAGAAAAAAAAAAGUGUAGAAUAAAAUGACAAUCAAUAAACUAGAGUAUAAUUUCAAUAAGCUGUUGUGUUCCUGAUGGCUGCAUUAAUAUACAAACUCAAAUUAUUUAAUAGUUAAUUUCACUUUAUUGUUUUAAUAAUGAUCUUGGUCCACAGUAUUAUUAAAUGGAUACCACAGAAUGUUUGGGACUGGAAAAUUUGUGUUUUAUACAAAAUGAAAAUAUAUUUAAAAUAUAUAUACAAAUGUGGAGUGGUAAAUUAAAAGGCCAAACGGUGGAUAAGCAGGAGUGAUUGUGGAAUUCAAAUAAAAUUUACUAAAAAUGAACAUAGAUAGCCUAAUAUAAUUUGCUCAAAAUGUCAAUUACUUAAGCUUCUUUACCUUCUACUGCAAACAUUGAAAUCAGCACAACGAGAAUAAAAGGCAGUUGCUAUAUUUUAAGAAAAAUUGUUUGUUUCUCUGUUUGUUUGUUGUGUUGACAAGUGUUCUUUUUAUUU